GGCCCCAGCGUAGCGGCGAAAUCAUCGUGUCGUCGCGGCAGCCUUCCAGCACGUUUCACGCUAAGCGGGCAGCGAUCGAUGGCUGCCCUCACGAAAAAUGGCUGGUGCGAGCCCACGCGGGACGACGAGACGACUAGUGGAGAGCCACCAGCUGUAGGGCUCGUCGAAGCCCUCGUCAACGCGCCGGCGCGCGGCGCCGUCGCGCGCCAGGCGCUGCCAGCGACCGCGCGGACCUGGACCGGCGCCGUCGCGCGCGCCGCGACGCGGAAGAUCCUGACGUUCUACCCGUCGACGAGCGAUUCGAUGACGGCCUUCUCGCGCCAGAAGUGCCACGAGACGCGCGCGGCCAUCAAGCCCUCGCUCCCGUUCCUGGAGUGGCUUGCAUCGUCGAGCAGUCCCGGCUGGCAGCUGCGCGGCGACCUGGACCUGGGCGACGAGGAGCUGGGCGCCAUUCUCGGGGAGGAGCUGCGGCGAAAGUUGCGGGUGACCUCGACCUCGCUGUGGUCCGGGAGCGGCGGCUCGCGGACGCCCUUACAUAGGGACGAUGUCUCCGCGUUGGUCUUCCAGUGUGUGGGCCGAAAAAGGUUCUUCCUGGUCGCCGAGAAGGAUGUGGAAGAAGCGGUCGCAAAGGGAAAGCUCCCCUCCGCGGUGCUGGAGGGCGGCUCGGAGAGUCAUUGUCAGGAUGGCUCUUUGGAGGACGUCUUCGGGCUGCACGAGGCGGAGCCGACGUCCGCGCGGGGCGAGCUCGCCGUCCUGGACGAGGGCGACUGCCUCGUCCUGCCGGCGGGCCUCUACCACGACGUCGAGUCGAGCGACGGUCCCUCGAUGAGUUUGACCAUCCGUUUCGAGAUCAUUGACGAGGCAGAGGAGGAGCCCGCCAUCGACCUGAAGAAGCUGUCGAUGGCUGGCAAUUCAGACCUCAAGAAGUUCAUGAUGCGCCUCGCGCUGAAGAAGGCGAUGGCGGCGAAGCGGCAGGAGCCGGCGCCCGUCGAGAUCGAGACGCGAUGAGUUCCCUUCCAACGCGUCUGUCACACUUAACAUGUUAUCUAUCUAAAUUCGACCUCCACGCCGUCGACGCGACGCCUGCCCGGUGGCGUGGGGGUGCCAGCACGGUCACGCCA